AUGCCAGAGAAGCGAACUGCUUCUAAAACUCCCAUAGGCACAUCUCCUUAUAGACUAGGUUUUGGGAAAGCUUGUCAUUUACCUGUAGAGUUAGAGCAUAAAGCAUAUUGGGCUAUAAAAUUGUUGAAUCUAAACUUACCAGAUGCAGGUAAAAAUUGUCUAUUGCAGCUUGAUGAGUUGGAAGAGUUCAAACUUACAGCAUACGAAAAUGCUAAAUUGUACAAGGAAAAGACAAAAAAGUGGCAUGACAAGCUCAUCCGCUAUAAAGAUUUUAAAGUGGGAGAUCAUGUUCUGCUGUACAAUAGCCGAUUGAGAUUAUUCCCAGGAAAGUUUAAGUCACGCUGGACAGGACCAUAUAUAGUAACAGGAGUGACCUCCUAUGGUGCCAUUGAAGUACAACAUGCAGAUGGGGGAGACAAAUUCAAAGUAAACGGUCAUCGUUUGAAGCCAUAUAUCAGCAGAUUCUUCGACAAACAGGCUUCAACAAUCCUUUUUGCCUAA